AUGUUCCCCAACUUAUCAUCCUCCCCUCCCUCCUCUUUAGAAACCGAAACCCCCGCCGCCGCGGCCACCGCCGCCUCCCCCAGCAACAAGCGGAAGCGCCGCCCCGCCGGCACUCCAGAUCCAGAUGCGGAGGUGGUGUCGCUGUCGCCGCGGACGCUGAUGGAGUCGGACAGGUACGUGUGCGAGAUCUGCAACCAAGGUUUCCAGCGGGACCAGAACCUGCAGAUGCACCGCAGGCGCCACAAGGUCCCCUGGAAGCUGCUCAAGAGAGAAACCCCCGUCGUCAAGAAGCGUGUCUUCGUCUGCCCGGAGCCGAGCUGCCUGCACCACGACCCCUGCCACGCCCUGGGCGACCUCGUCGGGAUCAAGAAGCACUUCCGGAGGAAGCACAGCAACACCAAGCAGUGGGUCUGCGACAAGUGCUCCAAGGGAUACGCCGUCCAGUCCGACUACAAGGCCCACCUCAAGACCUGCGGCACCCGCGGCCACUCCUGCGACUGCGGCCGCGUCUUCUCCAGGGUGGAGAGCUUCAUAGAGCACCAGGACGCUUGCAGCAUGGGCCGGCAGCAACAUUCCCCACCUGACCUGCACCAACACCAACACCAUCAACAGCAGCAACACCAGAGUGCAUGUCUGUCUCGAACCGCGUCGAGCCCGAGCCCGUCCAACGAGACCGCGCCGUGGCCCAUGAUCGCCCCGACGCGUCCAUCACAGCAGCAAAAACAACAACUAGCACUAGAACAACAACUUACUCCUCCUCCUCCUCCUCCGCCUCCUCCACCAGGUCAUCACCACCACCGCGGACGGGGGCUGAUGUUGUUGAGCAGUACUACUACUACUAGUACUGCUACAACAACAACAAUUGGUGCCCCGACAACUCCAACUUCCCACUCCUUCCACAACCUCGACCUCCAGCUGUCUUCCCCCUCAUCCUCCGCCCCCGCCGCCGCGCCUGCAACGACGCAGCUGCAGCUGUCGGUAGGGUCGUCUUCCUGUUCGGCUGGGAGGAGGGAGGUAAAGGAGGAGAUCAUGAGGGCGGCGAUGGCGGAGAAGGCAUACGCGGAGGAGGUGAGGAAGGAGGCGAAGCGGCAGAUCCAGCUGGCGGAAGAGGAGUUCGCCAAUGCCAAGCGGAUACGGCAGCGGGCACAGGCGGAGCUGGACAAGGCGGAGGCGCUCAAGGAGCACGCCGUGAAGCAGAUGAGCUCCGCCGUCCUCCACCUCACCUGCGCCACUUGUAGGAACAAGUUUGCCGCGGCGGUGGCGCCGCCGGAUGAGAACUCGUUGGUGGUGAGUUACAUGUCGUCGGGGGUCACGGAUCACGGUGAGGUGGAGAAAGGGAGGUCGGAGGGGUGA